AAGCAUACUAGGCACAUGUAGACACAGUUGAUAUAGCGUAGCGUGUCGUACUACACACACGUUAAACCGACUCAGUCAGUCUCACUCAGACAUAGUGUGGCUGAGACGGAGUGUCACUAAGACACUAAAAAGAAAGCUGCACUAUAAUUUAUUUAUUUAGUGUCAGUAAUAAAUUAGUAACGUCAUGUCGAGAGACGAAGUGUCCAUGCAUAUACUGAGGAAGGUGGUGAUUGACGGAUUUCUCAUAUGCGGAUUGGUGUUAUGCAUGCUCGGCUCCAGGGUGUUCUUGGAGCCGUUCCAGCGUGGCUUCUUCUGCCUGGACGAGUCGCUCAUGUUCCCCUACAAGGAGGAUACGGUCACUACUCCCACACUGAGGCUGGUGGGACUGUUGCUGCCGGCAAUCGCUUUCCUGAUCUGCGAGUGGGCACUGCUACGCAAGGAGCAAGAUGAUCAGCGCUGCCUCGGAGUGCGCAUCCCCGCCUGGCUGCGUGGAUUCUACUGCGUCGCGGCAUCCUUCUGCCUGGGCUACUGCUUCGUUGAACUCACCACCGAGAUCGCCAAGAUCACCAUCGGCAGGCCGCGACCGCAUUUCUUCGAUGUAUGCCAGCCAUCGGUAGACUGUAAGUCGCCGGAGUGGCAGGGGCGGUACAUCCAGUCCCACGAGUACUCGUGCCUUGGCCCCAUGGCACAGAAUUUCAGGGAGAUGCGGCUGUCCUUCCUCAGUGGGCACUCUUCGUUGGCAGCAUACACGAUGGUCUUCUUCGCUUUGUACUUAGAAAAGCGCAUGGUAUGGCGCACGACACGCGUCUUGAGACACACACUACAGUUUAUCGCGCUAAUGAUGAGCUGGUUCACUGCCUUGUCCCGAGUCUCAGACUUCAAGCACCACUGGAGCGACGUGCUUGCAGGCUACUCGCUCGGCCUUAGCGUCGCUAUCAUUAUGUGGAUGUGGUGCACAGAUCUGGUACACAAGAAGCAAAAGCAUACUGUGAUUCCUCUACACGAAGUACCCAUAGAGAGCCACACUACGACAGCAUAGCGUUUAAAAUCUCAUUAGUAACUAGUAGGAAUUAGUACACAUGACAAA